CUUAAGACACUCCCAUCACGGAAGAGGGAGGAGAAUAAAAUCCACACAUUUAAGCAUCAACUUGUCCGGUUUUGGGCAAUCUCUCUCGUCCGGUUUUGGCAAGAAACUGCUCUGCUAACAAUGAAUUUCCAGGGUUACGGUGCACCGGCUCCGGGCGGGUAUCCAGGUGGAUUCCCUGGACAGCAGCAGGACCCUCUGUAUGGAUACUUUACUGCAGUUGCUGGUCAAGAUGGCCAGAUAUCUGCAGAAGAACUUCAAACUUGUUUGACUCAGGCCAACUUCUCUGGUGGCUACCGACCUUUCAACAUUGAGACAUGUAGACUGAUGAUCAGCAUGCUUGAUAGAGACAUGUCUUGCUCAAUGGGAUUUAAUGAGUUUAAGGAGCUGUGGGCGGUGCUCAAUGGCUGGAAGCAGCACUUCAUGAGCAUUGACAAGGACAUGAGUGGCACAGUCGACCCACAGGAAAUGGGCCAGGCUGUUUCGUCUAUGGGGUACAGGCUCAGUCCUCAGGCCAUGAACUGCAUAAUUAAGCGUUACAGCUCUAAUGGGAAGAUCUCAUUUGAUGAUUAUGUCGCUUGCAGUGUCAAACUGAGGAGCUUGACUGAUUUGUUCAGAAGGAGGGACCAGGCACAACAGGGAAUGGCGACAUUUCAGUAUGAUGAUUUCAUCCAAUGCACCAUGAGCAUCUGAGAGAAGCCUCUGGGUUCAUGUAACUUGCAAUUUUAAAUGAUUUACUUACAUGUGCUUUCAUGUCAUACUUUGGAUAGAUUGUAGUACUUAUACAAUAUAAAACAAUGUUGUUGGCAUUAUGCACCAUUAUCGACACCAAUGACAUUUACAGACUAACCACUCAAAAUCAACAUAUAUCCUCUAUAUAUCAAGUCAUUGUAUCAAAGCAGCUAUACAGAAAUUCAUGAUAUUAAUGUUUAUAAUAUCCUAAUGCCUUAGAGUUGCAUUUAGCAGAUUAGAGACACAUUACAGUAUACCAUCAAAAUCAGCAUCCCAACUCUGGCAUCUUGUCAGCGCAUUUGUAUACCCCUAAUGUAUUUGUUUUAAAUUUGCACGGUCAGUAAUGAAUACUAUAUCAAUGUGAGGAGGGCUAAACUUCAGAUCCAUGUGUCCUGUUAACUGGAAGUAAAAUGUUAUACUAUGUAUCACCAAAGAAUUAAUGACACGUGUGUCUGCUCUACUUUUUGACUCUGUUUGGCUGUUUGACAUGUUCGUAAGAUCUAUAUGAGCAUAUUUUUAUUUACAUUGACUUAAUUUUUAAAUAACAUAACAUUUAAGACAUUCCCUGUUUGACUUAAUAAAUAACGACAGAAUACUUA